AUGGAAGUCGCCGCCGCCGCCUUGUCCGUGCUGCUGCUGGCCGCGCUCGUAGCAGCGGCUCCGCCUGACAAGUACGACGCACGCUACGACCACAUGGACGUCGACGCCGUCCUCAGGAACCAGCGCAUCCUCGCCUCGUACAUCAAGUGCAUGCUGGACACCGGCCCGUGCACUCCCGAGGGUAGAGCGCUCCGCAAGCACAUGCCCGAGGCGCUGAGGACGAACUGCGACAAGUGCACGGACGCGCAGAAGAAGAUCGUGCGCAAACUGUCGCUGCAUGUUCGGGAGCACCAGCCCGUCCAGUGGGACCUGCUCAGCAAGAAGUACGACCCGGAGCACCGGUACCACGACAGCUUCGGGAAGUUCCUCGAUGCCGCUGCUUAG